AUGUCGGCAGUUCGAAAACCGCUCAAGAAAUCCAAUUUGCGCCGGAGUAUCGCAUUUGAUGACUUGACGCAAGAAGGGGACGAUGUGCCCAAAAACGAUACUCCUAGCGAUGGCAAUGCUACAGACAAAUCUCCGAUAGUCAAAACUACUCCCUUUAAGAAGAAGAAGAGACCGGCAUCAUCACGUCUCUCGUUUGGAGUAGGCGACAUCAUAUCCGGUUCCAAUGCCGAAAAUCUCGAGGAUGAUGAAUCGUUUACUUUGGUAAAGAAACCUCUUGCUCGAAAAGUCGCAGAAGGAAAUGCGAAGAAAAGCAAUGCGAGAUUACCUUUGCCGAUGAGGGCGAGGGAUGAAGAUGAAGAUGGGGAUUCGGGAAUGGGAAGGCCGACUUAUAGUAAGGAUUACUUGAAGGAAUUGAAGAGUUCGCAGGCUAGUGCUAUGAAAGAAUUGGCAGAUGUGGAGAUUGGGGGAGGAGAGGAACCGUUCUUGGAUGCGAGUGAGUUGGAAGGGGCUAUGGUUGUGGAUUUUGAGGGGAAUGGAGAUACGAUUGGGGAGUUUGGGGGAAGUACGGCGUCCGUUAUACCUACGGAGGCGGAGAUUAGGGAGAAGAAAGAGAGGAGGGCUAGGAUGGCUAGGGAAAAAGAUUUCAUUUCUUUGAAUGAUGAUGAACCGGAUGGAGGACGAAAUUUGUCACUUCUUCCUCGACAAAAGAAACCAGAAUCAAGAUUGGUUAGAGACGAUGAAGAAAUCAUGGAAGGUUUUGAGGAAUUCGUAGACGAUGGACGGAUUUCUCUAGGAAAAAAACAAGAACGUGAGGAACGACGUCGUCGUAAGAAAGAAAUGGCAGAUUUGAUUCAACAAGCCGAAGGUAGCUCAGAUGAAGAGAGUGAUAAUUCAGAAGCAGAAAGAAGAGCCGCAUAUGAAGCUGCACAAACAAGAGCUGGCAUGGACGGAUUGCAUAAACAUGAUGAUGCAGCAGCUGCCAGAGAAGAAAACCAGAUUCCUGCUAGGAUUACUCCAAUACCUGUAUUAUCAGAGUGUCUAGAAAGAUUACAAAAUACGUUAAAUACAAUGGAACUCGAACUUUCCAAGAGGAAAAAGAAGAUUGAAGAAGGUCAAAAGGAAAAAUCGGAUAUUAUUAAAAGGGAAGAGGAAGUUCAAGUACUAUUAACACAGGCGGGACAGAGAUAUUCGUCUUUGAAAGCAGAUGCUCAGGUGAAGGAACUGGAAAUGACUGAUGUGAAGGAAUUGGUUGAUAAGAGUAAUGAGAUGGUGAGAGAGAGGAUUGGAGGUGGAGAUAGGGGUUUGGAGAGUUUUGGGAAUACGCCUGUAGGGAGGGGAGAGGUGGUUGAUGGGUCGUGA